AUGAGUAAGCAACAGAGGAGAAAAGGGAAUGCAAAAAACGCUAGUAGCGCCUCAGCCCACGGUUAUCUGGCCCAAGGAGGAGAAAACUUUGUUGGUCUGACACCGGAAAUGAAUAUUUUCGAGAUGGCGAGCAGCAACCGUUUGAGUAACUUUUCGGGAAUCGAUGAUGAAACUAGAAUUGUGAUGAGAAAGCUGACGAAGAAGGACUGCCAGACAAGAGAAAAAGGACUCAGAGAACUGACCAAUAUAAUCGCGGAAACGAGCUCUAUAGAAAACUGCUAUGAACAUUUCUGCGGUCUUGUUCCACAGCUCAGCACUGACGGAAGUCCAACUGUUCGGCUGCUAACCAUGAAAACGAUUACUCUGUUUCUUGUGAAGUUGGAAAAAUCUGCAUGUAAAGGGUUGAAAAAGAUAAUUCCAAUGGUUCUUUUCGCAAGAUGCGACGUGACAAACGGAGUAGCAGCAGCUGCCGGAGCUGUGAUCAGAGAUGGUUUCGAAGCUGAUAAAAAACAAAAAGUUAUUCAAUUGUUUGCACCUCUCGUGUUCGAAAUGGCAGCAAAAAUUGUUCAGGGAAAACAUGAUUUGUCAGUUCCUGUAGAAUACGAUGCGUCCGAAGAUCGGGAAGCAAGAAAGUCAAGGCUUGAAACUCAGUCUCUCAAUGUGUUUCUUUCAUAUAUCAAGGAAUUUGGAGCGGACUCAACCAUUUGGGAGGAGGAAGCGCGGAAGCUAUUCGAGAACAUUGCAUUCUUAAAGAUGGUUUUCGGAGGAACCAAUGCUGCCUUAAAAGUUCAAGUUCUGAAUCUUGCAUAUCGAUUCAAGAACAACGUGGAAGUCAUUCUCAACACCCCCUCGAUCGUUACAUAUAUUCAGAACCAUCUUGAUUCACAAACCUUCACGCCAGAGUGUUCAACCGCAUGGGAAGGAAUGAUUAUACUGUUACCUAGUGCACAAUUUCACACUAAAGUUUCUCUACAAAACGGAAUCUAUCCUCGGUUCCUCAAUGUCAUUCGGAAAAAAGGAAAUCAUUGGAGAGUGUUGCAACAUUUUUUGCUUCCUGCUGUUGUUCUUCUUCUGAAAGAGAUGGGAAGUCUUGAAAAUAAUAUGAAGGUACUAGGAACUAUAAUGGAGAGCUUCACUGAUAACUUGCCGUGGCCCACAGAUGCAUCUAUCAAUGCUGUUCUAAGUUGGUUCAAUGCGUUUUCGGAUUUCGUCCGCUGGAUUUUGACAAAUGAUCGAAUCAAUUUAGUAGUUUGGGAAAAACUUCACCCACUGAUCGUCACAGUCACCGAACAAGCUAUGACAUUCCCCACAAAAGAAAUUGCGGAGUGUGUAACGGAUCUGCUCCAAUGGAUCAUAGAAUUGAAAACUAUCAAUGAAGCCGACGUGAGCACGCUUUUGCUCAAUAUUGAAUCGAAAAUAGUGGGAGCCGGAACAGAAAACAGCCGUUUGAUCAAGCAUUUGUUAACUGAACCUGGAAAGAAUAUAGUACUAUCCAACUUGCACGCAAACUUGCUCUCCAGCCCUGAGCUCGUUGACUUCCAGAUUAUAAAGAAUCUUUCCUGCUCAGAGAACGAUUAUUUCAAUGCAACGUCUCAGAAGAUUAGUAAUUUCUCGUUCAUCGAAAAAACGGAGAAUUUUGACAUAACACAAGCUGGAGACAUCGUACGGCUGAUCAAAUUGCUUCUCGAAAAUCAGGAGAUCAAGUCGCUCAACAUUUCUGUCAAAAAUGAUCAUGUAGGACGUCGCCUCUUACUCACAGGAGGCUCAACCAUCUGGAACAAAUUACUCAAAAAUGUCCCUGUAUCGACAUUCCAGAAUAUGAUUAAUUACUGGCAUGAGAAGAGAAAUGGCACAGCCAUAGCUGACGCAGUUAGCUUCUUGAAAGAAAUGGGAGUGGAGAUGGAUACAAAGCAAGCUGCGGAAAAUGUAGAAUUUCUGAUAACUCUUCUGCGGAAAAUGAAGUCUACUGAUGUUUCUAAUGAGGCAGAGAAAAAUGUUCUGAUAUUAAAGUUGUUCACAGCAAUAUUUGAAUCUGACGAGGAUGCAAAAUCAGAACACUAUAAUUGCUUAAGCGAACACUUAACAUCGGAUUUCAACUCGGGGCAGUUUUUCGAAAAGUUGUUUGCAAGCAGCGAAGAAUAUGACAUUGAGAGGAUUCUGGAGACUGCGUGCCGUGUCGACAAACUGAUUGAUUUAUGUGAAGAACAAACCAGACAAAAUAUUGUGAACAACGUGUUGCUUUCCGGAAAGCAAUGUGGUACCAUUAUUGAACAGUUUCAAUUCCUGGAGUUGGAAGUUAUGUCGUGCUCAACGAAACCAACUGUCAUCUCUACGACACAUCAACAUUGUUACUCUCAUCUGGAUGAACACAAAGCAAAAGAAAUCGUAACAGAAUCAGCGAGGAUCGCUUUAUUCAAUAUAUCUUCAAAAUGUGAGUGUUUUUUUUUAAUUUCACAUGAACAAUUUUUCUUUUCAGACUAUAAUUCCGCACAUCAAGUAUUUGGAUGGCAAGUCAUUAGCAUUAUAUCGGCACUUGAAAAGAGAUAUUCCUUGGUUGCUCUCACCGAAGAGUUGCAACGAUCUCGGAGGGAAAUCGAAGAACGAUUGAUAAGAUCUGACGAAGUUCGAUUCAAAUUAGAUGAUAGUUCUCCUUGUAUCUUUCUGGCCGAUGCUUAUGAUAUGUCUUUCGAACAAAAGAAGAAGUAUAUUCAAUGUCAAGCCGAACCAUCAAAAGUCCCAGAGCAUGCGUUGGAAGUGCUCUAUAGAGAAAAUCAAACACCCCUUGACUUCUUGAUGAAUGUAUUCGAAGGAGGUUACCAGAUGUUUGAUUUUGACAGAUCGAAGAAUUAUCAUUGGAUGAUUAAUUUGAUGUUUGUCAAAAAAUGUAUUCAGUAUGGUGGAAGCAUCUUUGUCGCCGAAGAAUCAGGUCUUCGCGAUUAUGCUCUCUGUGGAAUAGUGACAGUUCUAGAUAUACAUAAACGAAGUACGUUGCAGCAAUCCACAGACAUUCUGGGAAAUACCCCAAAUGCUUUCGACGAAGAUCCUCGCCUUGAAGCUCUGACAACCCUUUUCAUCGAACUGUACCUAGUUCUCAACGAUUCUAUCAAAAAUGACAACCAUCCUACGCAAACUAUAGAAGAAUGGAAAGAAUUUUAUGUUCCUACAAUCAAUAGUUUGUUCAUUCGCAUGUUCCGCAUGAUUCGUAAAGAGCAACAACCAACACCGUUUGUCAGAACGCUGCUGAAAGCAAUGUUCACGUUGGUGGAGUUCCCAACCAAUGUUCCGAAUGACAGUGUUGUUACCAGAGAGUUCGUUCCAGAGCUGUCAGUUUUCAAAUACUCUCUGCUCGAAGAAUCAUUCAUUGCUCAAGCGUUCAUUCUUCUUUCGUCGAAUGUUGAGCAUGUUCAACUCAUAGGAUACGCUGCAGCCAAAUUAUUGGUGCCAAUAAUGUUCAAGACAGAAAACCCUCAAGUACUGGAUGAUGAUCAAGAUGAAACGGAAAUCAUGGUUGCCAAUCGUUCCAAACUGAAUCUCCCAGUAAUGAUUUCUAAAUCUUAUCCAGUUGACCAUAUCCACAAGCACGUCGGCCCAUUGCUGCUCAGUUUAGCUAUACUUCCUCUUGAAACGACGAAAGAGUUCGUCUUAAACCAAGAACAACGUGUGGCAUACUGUGAUGCUAUUGAUAGCUUCUUCAAAAAUGCUCUGAACGCUUUGAUGCUGGAUCAGCCAUUUGAUUUUAGUCAAGUUCCAAUAGUUUGCAAAAUUCGUAAGCAGAUGUAUUUUUUUCAAUUUCGGUACUCAUCUCAUUUUUUUACAGCAAAGUCGCAGGAACGAGAAUAUUAUCUCCAAUCGGAUCUGACCGCAAGUCCUUUGUUCUUUGAAAAGUUUGCCUCCAGACUUCUAUUCAAAUCUAUAACAUUGUUGCCGGCUGCUGUUCGAUUGUUCCAUAAAAAUAUUCCGAAUAACUUCAAGCCCAUUUUCCAAGAAGUGGUCACAAAACACGCGAGCAAGCUUCUCAUCGAGAACGAGUUGAAUAAGGUUCAGAAUGCUGAAUUUGGAGAAGUGUUGAAAGUACGAACAGUACCAGUGACAGGACAAAUCAUUUCUGAGUAUACAGUGGAAGAUACGAAAAUGAAACUGACUAUCGAACUACCUCGCGAUUAUCCGUUGUCAGUACCAGCAAUGAAUCUUGACAAAGCUAUUGUGAAAGGAGACCGUGCAAAGAAGUGGUUAUUACAGUUAAAUGCAUAUCUUUUCCAUCAAAAUGGUGCUAUUCUGGAAGGAAUUGAAAUGUGGAAGCGAAAUGUUGACAAAGGCAUUGAAGGCGCUGAAGACUGCACGAUUUGCAUGAUGACUGUGCACCAGCAAACCAAUCAGUUGCCAAAAGUCAAAUGCAAGCAGUGCAAAAACAGAUUCCAUUCGAACUGUUUGGUUAGUUCAUUUCAUACUUACAAAUGGUUCGAAUCGAGCAAUCAGUCGACGUGCCCACUCUGCCGAAACAAUUUCACUUAA